AUGGGUUCCGAUGCUGAUAUGGAGGAUUAUGGUUUCGAGUACUCGGACGAUGAGCCUGAGGAACAGGAUGUUGAUAUUGAGAAUCAAUACUACAACUCUAAAGGCUUGGUUGAGACAGAUCCGGAAGCGGCACUUGAAGGUUUUGGAGAGGUGGUGCAUAUGGAACCAGAGAAGGCUGAAUGGGGAUUUAAAGCUUUGAAACAAACAGUUAAGCUUUACUAUAAGCUUGGGAAAUACAAAGAAAUGAUGGAUGCUUACAGAGACAUGUUGACUUAUAUUAAAUCCGCAGUGACUCGAAAUUAUAGUGAGAAAUGCAUAAAUAAUAUCAUGGAUUUUAUUUCUGGAUCUGCUGGUCAAAACUUUAGUCUACUACAAGAGUUCUAUCAAACGACGUUGAAGGCCCUUGAAGAGGCAAAGAAUGAGAGACUAUGGUUCAAAACAAAUCUGAAGUUGUGCAAAAUUUGGUUUGACAUUGGGGAAUAUGGACGGAUGAGUAAGAUUCUGAAGGAGCUUCACAAAUCAUGUCAAAAAGAAGAUGCCUAUCAGAGGAAUGAGAUUUUGGAGUUUGAGAAAAUUCUUAAGAGUAAUAGAAGGACUAUUAUGGACGAUCCAUUUAUUCGAAAUUACAUUGAAGAUCUUCUGAAGAAUGUGCGAACACAAGUGUUGCUCAAGCUUAUCAAGCCUUACACGAGAAUCCGGAUCCCCUUCAUAUCCAAGGAGCUUAAUGUGCCAGAGAAGGAUGUUGAGGAGUUGUUGGUGUCCCUUAUAUUGGAUAAUAGGAUAGAUGGACACAUUGAUCAAGUUAAUCGGCUUUUGGAACGUGGAGACAGGUCAAAGGGAAUGAAAAAGUACACGGCUGUAGACAAAUGGAACACACAGCUCAAAUCCCUGUACCAAACUGUGGGAAACCGAGUCUGUUAA